ACAUCAAUCCUUCAAACAACGCUACGAUCGAGGUAUACCAUCAUCGAUCAACCAACCAUUAUCAAGCCUUCCAACCAACAUCGAAAGUCAUAUCACACCAUACAUCAACCCACCAACAAUGCCUUCCCGCCGACAGUCCUCGCCCUCCUUCGAAAUGGCCAACUGCUUCCAAUCCCUCCAAUGCCUCUCCGGCCACCCUCCCCCCGAAUGCAGUUCCAACAGCAAACUCAUCUGUCCCGUCCUCCCUCUCUCCAACAAUCAAAACAACAACAUGUCUUUCUCCCCACCCAAUUCAAACGGAAUCAUGACCUCCUCCGACGACUCGGAAGAAGACUCCAACUAUCCCAACUCUUACCAACAACAACAACGACAACACAACACCCUCGCCAAAACCCCCAUCGCCUUCCCAUCCAACCAAACCACAGCAACAACCUCCCCUUCCUCCACAACGACAUCAACAUCUCCCACCCACCCCACCCCUCCCCCCACUCGCCCCCAACUCCGCCCCCACCGCCGCAUCCCCCACACCAUAAUCGAACGCCGCUACCGCGACAACCUCAACACCUCCAUCGAGACCCUCCGCCUCUGCCUCCCCACCCUCAAAGACGCCUACAUCACCUCCCCGGACAUGGAAGACUCCGCUCUCCCUCCCAAACUUCCCUCCAAGACGAUCAUCAUCGCGACCGCGGCGGGGUAUAUCAAGGAAUUGGAGGGCGAGAGGGAUGCAGUGAGGGGGGAGAUGGAGGGACUGAGGAAUCAGGUUGUGGAGUUGAGGAAGUUGGUGAUGUGUGGGGAGUGUGGGAUUUUGCAGUAUUUGCAGGAGGUUGGGGGGAAUGGGAAUGCUGGGGGGAUGGAUGGGGAUGGGGUGAUGACGGGAUGAUGAAUAUUCUUUUGGGAUGGAAGUGU